AAGAAAUCCGAGCGAGCCACACUGACCGGACGCGCUGCUCUUCUGAGCGCAGCUUCCAAACUUUAAACGUUCUUUCUGUGUUUUUGUUUCUUUCUCGGAGCCGGACGCGUCUCUCCGCCCGUUUCUCAUCGCACAGUGAGUUACCAAAAGGAUUUAAGUCACUAUAACGGAUGUCAAAUCCUCGCAGGACUUAAUUCGGGUUUGUUGUUUGCCUUUGGGAGAACAGUGUUUCCACUGUGUACUUUUUCCACUGUUCAAAGUGAUUAUUAAACUAAUUUAAUUAAUAAUCUAAAGUUUCGAAACUACAUUGCACUAGUUAUUCUGCGUUGUUAUUUUGAAGACUCAACUCAGCAUGGCUGGGUACAGGUUUAACGCAAGAAUCGCGGUGCGCUUCCGUUUUUAGCAAGAGUCCGUGACCCUGCUCUGUUCCUAAUGCCUGAUGUGAAAUCCCUCUGUGGUUCUGAGGUGUCCGAGAAUGAGCACGGAUUUGGAGUGCGCUUCUCUCAAGUCGGGCGCGAACUCCCUAGGCUCCGGUGGCCGCGCGCUUUCCGUUAACGUCAAGAAGUUGCACAACGCGCUCAACGUGCUGCUCAACGACUUCGAAAGGGAGCAGUUCAUCCACUGUCUCAACGUUUACCACGCCAAGCGCAAUGUCUUCGAUCUCGUGCAGACUCUCAAAAUCAUUCUCAACACACCCAACAAGCGCCAACUCUUACCCAUGCUGCGCCUGGUCAUACCCCGCUCAGACCAGCUGCUGUUCGACCAGUACACAUCGGAAGGGCUUUAUCUGAAGACGGAUCUGCUGGCAGCCAGCGUUAAGCACGAGUGCUCGGAAGACCUCAGCAGCACGAACGCUCAUGCUGGAGCAUCCUCCGUGCAUUUUCUGCACGAGUCCGAGCAGGCCGGUCCCAGUCACGGAUCUGUGCACCAGGCUCUGGUUUUCAGCACCGCGGCUGAGGGGACAGCGCCAGCCCUGAUGCAGGAAGUGCCUGAUGAAAUCCGACAAGUUACGCUGAAAAGGAGCAAGAGCCACGAAGGCCUAGGAUUCAGCAUACGGGGUGGGUCAGAGCAUGGAGUUGGCAUCUAUGUGUCUUUGGUGGAGCCGGGAUCAUCCGCUGAGAGAGAGGGGCUCAGAGUUGGAGACCAGAUCAUGCAAGUCAAUAACAUGGUGUUUGACCGAGUCACUCAUGGAGAGGCAGUCAAGGUAUUGAAAGGCUCUAAGAAGCUCUCCAUGUCGGUCUGUUCUAUGGGACGGAUCCCAGGUGGUUACGUGACCAAUCACGUGUACACAUGGGUGGACCCUCAGGGUCGCAGUGUGUCCCCACCACCAGACUUGCUGGAGCAGCAUGGCUCAGGAGGAAGACAUUUGGAAAUCCAGCAACUUGGCCAUACACACAUUCGGCACGAGGGUGCUGAGAAGAAGGUGAAUAUCUCACUGGAUGAUGGGCGAUCUCUUGGUUUGAUGAUCCGUGGAGGUGCUGAGUAUGCUCUGGGCAUUUAUAUCACCGGAGUGGACCGAGGGUCUGCUGCAGAGUACAGCGGACUAAAGGUAGGGGAUCAGAUUCUGGAGGUCAAUGGACGUAGCUUCCGGAGCAUUUCUCAUGACGAGGCUGUGCAGAUCUUGAAGAAUUCCCGCCACAUGCUGAUGACUAUAAAGGACGUGGGGCGGCUGCCUCAUGCACGGACUGUGGUGGAUGAGACCAAAUGGAUUCCCAGUGCACAGAUCGCUGAGAGCUCGGCCAAUAGCAACACUCAGAGUGUUCUGCCUGUUGAUGUCGGAGCAGGAAGUUCAGUAAAGUCAAUCUGUUGUAAAGGUGUUGUGCCAGCGGUCGGAGCGGUACGCGCAGGAGCCUGGAGCUCACUGGAGGAGCAGGCGUACAUGCUUCUGACAGAGACAGAGAGACAGACCAUGAUCUAUUACAUUCAAGAGUACCAGCGUGCACACAUCGGGGUAGAGCCUCUGGCCAUGGCCCUGUUUGAACUCUUCAACACACAUGCCAAGCUGUCCUUGCUGGCUGAGGUGCGGACUCUGGUCGCCCCGCAGGAUCUGGAACGAUUCGACGGGCAGGUGUUACAUCGUGAGAUGGAAGCGUGGAGAGCUCGUCACGGAGGCCUGGGCCUCCUGCACCCUGACUCUAUCUGUGUCACCCAUCCAGAGGGCCACAUUCCUGCUGCCUGCCAGCUGACCAAUGCAGUCCUUGGCUACAACAAGAAUGAGUGCAGGUUGGAUGGUAGUUUGAUGCCAAUUGAGAGUCUAAAUUCUCUUCCUGAUGUUUCUCUGGACAAGGUGCAGCCGUCAUCCGAGUCACCCCCCUCGUUCAAGCCUCCCCCUCCACCGGUUCGACACGCCAGCCCUAAAAAUCAGAGCAAACGACCUUCGUCCAAGCUGUCCCAGACCAACCUGCUCUUUACCGCCCCCUGUAGGCGGCAUCAGGAGAACCACACCCACAAUCACACGCACUCGCCCUGCUCUGCUCACACCUCCCCAUGUACCAUCCACCACACCGCCUCCACCUGCUCUGUCCGUCACACUCCUCCACCCUGCUCUCACCAUCACAGCUCUCCACGAUCAUUAUCCUACCACGCUAGCCCUUCUUCUGGACCCCCAUGUAAAGAUUUGGUUCAGUUUCUGAUGAGCAGGCAGGCAGCGGUGCUCUCCCCACACCUAGAGUCUCCAAACCGUUCUAGAGAAGGAACCCCCAUGAUCUCUCCACGCUCCUCUCCAUCGAUUUCGCCUUCUCUGCUAAUGCCUGCGCCGCCCCCCUGUAGCCCUGAGAAGCUCGAGGGCUCCCCCCCUACACACAGCUGCGGUGCCACCCAGACCAGCCCACUACACCCCGAGCCGGAGACGACAGAGGAAAGGCCUCAGCCCCAACUACGAGGAGCCACGCUGUCCCAGCUGUCAGACAGCGGACAGACUCUGAGUGAGGACAGUGGAGUGGAUAUCGCAGAGGCUGGGGGGUUGAGUAAGGACAGCAGCCCGCGACCAGGUAAACCUCCGUUCCUCCAGGUCACAGCUGACACACGCAGAGCCGAUGGACUCGCACAGGCCUCCGCAAAACAGAUGGGAAUAAUGGAGCCUACACUUGUACGGGUGCCCAAGUGUGCCAGUACACUGGGGAUUGCUGUUGAAGGGGGUGCCAACACCAGACAGCCUCUGCCACGUAUCGCCACCAUACAGAAGGGGGGCUGCGUGCAUAUCUCUGGACAGUUGCGGGUGGGUCAGGUGAUUCUGGAGGUGAACGGCGUGUCUCUAAAAGGCAUGGAGCACCGGGACGCAACUCGGGUCAUUGCCGAGGCCUUUAAGACCAAAGACAAAGACUAUGUCGACUUUUUGAUCACCGAGAUCAACUCUGCUCUGUAGAAGUCGUCCCUCGAGUGUUUUACUAGACGCCACUGCGAAGAACGUCACUUUACGUCACGUCCACACAGAGGGACUGAAUGAGUCAUGUUUGUCAUAUCUGAGUCACAGUUAGCUUAGAGUUCAAAAGCUGCAACGCCCACCUUACGUCUGUGUUCUCGCUAUAACAACGAGCAGCUGCCACACACCUUCACUGAACCUGUUCCUGGUAUGUUCCAUUGAGCCAAGACUGAUGCUGAUAUGUUUGAUAGGAUGAGAUCAGGGUUAUAUCGAGUCUGUCAGAUGUGUGCCAUACACACACACAAACACACACAUACUACCGUUAAGUUUGGGGUCUUAUGUUUUUGGAAGAAGUCUCUUAUGCGGUCUUAUCUGUGUAUAUUUUAAUAUAUUUCACUCCGUAUACAGCCAUAUACUUUAGUCUUUGUUGAUACAUGAUUCUUCAGAAAUCAAUCUAAUAUGCUGAUUUGGUGCUCAAGAAACAUUUCUUAUUAUCAAUGCUGAAAACAGUUUCUUUUUGUGAAAACCUUGAUGCAUUGAUACAUGAUACUUCAGAAGAACAGAAUUUAUUUGAUUUUUUUUUAUUUGAUCAAGUCUGUAUUGUCACUUGUGACUGAUUUUAAUAAAUCUUUGCUGAAUGAAUGUAUUAAGUAAAAAAAACGUACUAACCCCAAACUUUUGAAUGGUAGAGUUGUGUAUAUAUAAUCAAAUCGUUCAUUUCUAUUCAUAUUUAUUAUAGCUAAUACAUAUAUACAGAAAAUAUAUUUAUACAAAAUAUAUAAAUAUACAGAUUUGCUAUUACAGAAAAUCACAUAUCAUUUUAAUCAUAAUAUCAAAUUGCAUAGUCAUUGUUAUGGAGGUGUUUUAUUUUUUAUUUUUUAUACUCGUCCUUGAUUCCAGAGGUGUUUAAUAUUUUUUUUUUGAUGAAAGGAACUGAAUUCAGUGAAAGAGGUGAAACAACUUGAUAUUAAUAAACUUUUGUAAUAUGUGAAUGGAAAUCAGAGUUAUUCCUGGACAGAAGGGACGAGGAGGAGGAUUCUAGUGUAUCUUACUGUUUUCUCAUUGUUUUUCUUUUCUUUUGUUUUCUUUUCUUUUCCUCUCUGUCUCUCUCACAUACGCACAAAAUCAGGCUGUUUUGUUUUUUAAAGUUCUUACUGUAUGUCAGUGUGCAUACUUCAAAGAGAGGUUAUAGAGAGGAAUAAUGAAGAAAUGUAUAGCAGUAUUUGAAUUUGAAGAGAUCUGAUGUUCAGAAUAAUAAGUAAAUGCAUGGCUACGGGUUAUGCAACAUACAGAGAGUUAUUGUACAUAGGUAAAAUAAUGUAAAGCUGUAUAUAUUUUAUUUAUGUAAUAUAUUUUUUUGCACAUAAUGUUGAUAUAAUGUUUUCAAAGACUGCAUCAAAGACAUUAAAACCCUUAAAUAUGAUACCAAAACAUCAAUACUUAGAAUAGUAACAUAGAAGCAUUGUAGUUUUUCAGUGUUGUUCCCUUCAGAUAUUUUAUUCAUAUACCACAUACAGAUAGUAUGUUUUUAAGUUGAUAAAGAUCUGCUUUUUGUUAAUUCGUUGCUUGUCAUUUGUUGUGCUUUGCCAUGUGAAAAACACAUAAUAUUGUAUCUUUACAGGAAGUAAACUAUCAUAGGCUGAUUAUAGAACAACACCAUAUAAAGACACAAUCUGAGGGUAUCAAUAUUAUGCCUGAAAUAUUUGAUUUAUGCCAAACUGCAAAAGGGACUAAAAUAAAUAUAUAAAGACUGAAUGAAA